GACCCGUACUAUGGAUCACCAAUCUCAUGGUGCAACGACAAUGCCAAAUGUUCGAAAUACCUUUGGUGGAGUGUCUGCGAUAGAAGCAUGUAUUGGCGAUGCGUCAGACGAACGUGUGCUGCAAAUGACACGAAUCCCGAUGCGUCAUGUAUGUCAUCACUUCUUCAUUGCAAUAAGACGAGCGGUUUCUGCGAGCCAGAUUUGUGUUCGAAUAAGGACCAGAGGAAUUGUUGGCAAGAAAACACAGAAUGUAACGUCGAACAAGGACACUGCGACUGCUCUGACGGUUAUUCUAUUUGAAACGGUGACUGCACGGCGAUUUUGAAUCGAGCCUGUGAGUACAUCGAGGAUUGUCAUUCGAAGAAAGGACGCUACGAGUGCAUGGAAAACGCCUGUAAAUGCAACCCGGACAAGUGGGUAGCGGAAAACGGUCGUUGUGUUUCUUACGUGGACAAGCACUGCAGUGUUUCCAAACCUUGUGGCAAGAUGUCAAACACAACUUGUAACUCAGCUGGGUUGUGUGAAUGCGAACCUGGAUUUGUGGUGCGAGAUGGAACGUGUGUUUCAGCGUACCUUUCCGGAUGCAACAGCGACCUGGACUGUGCAGCAAUUGCUGGUAUGGACUGCGGCUACUGGGCCUAUUACGACGGCAUGUGGUUUAGUAAUUGGGGAAACACCGAAUACAACGGUAUUUGUGUGUGCAAACCUGGAUAUGCCGUCAACGAUCUAGCGUGCAAAAAAGUGCUCGGUUCCAAUUGUGACAACCUGAAAGCCUGUGGCAAUUCAAGCCACUGGAGCUACAGCUACCACUACUUCUCAUGGUGGGGUGCGUCUUACGUUAAGAACUACUACAAACAUUAUCACAGCGCGUUUUAUUGUGACGUCACUAAUGUUUGCGAGUGUAGCCCUGGUUACGAAAGGAACGCCGACGGAACAGACUGUGAACGAGUUUGGGGUAGCAUAUGUUUCAAAGACGACGAUUGUUGUGGACCAACUUUCAAAUGCAAUAUCACGAGCGACACAAACAGAACUGGAACGUGCAUAUGCGCUGACAUGUAUGCCCGAAUAAACGGCACUCAGAAUGGAUAUAACUAUUACGUGUACUAUGACUACUAUGGUCGCGAGGAAAUCACCUGCAAACCAUUGGUUGGUUUAUCGUGUUCGGAUAGUUGUCCUGGCAACGACACGCACUGUGACGGAAAUAACAUGUGCAUAUGCAAUCGUGGCUAUGAAAAGAAUGGUGUCUGCACCAAUUAUCUCGGUUCAGAAUGUAAGUCAGACACCCCCUGUCAGCACGUGACCAAUGCCAGAUGCGACUCAUCAACACACGUUUGCGCAUGCGCGAAGGGUUUCUUUGACAACGGACAAGAUAAAUGUCUUCCUUUAUGGGGGAGGGACUGUACAACAGAUGCCAACUGUGGAUCAGGCGACUAUUUUUGCAACUUGGUUACGAAUAGAUGUUCGUGUGCAGAAGGCCAUAGCGAGCUGAAUGGCAGAUGCAUUAUGAAUACCACAUGCAACGCAGAGGUUCCGAAUUUGCCCGACAUUCUACGGAGAUCACCGAACUACAUCCUGUCCGAACGUGAAGUGGUUAUCCGAGAUGAUACAUUGAAAGAGGGUUGGUACAAUAUCGGUCAUUUCAUGCUCUCCUCGCAGUCCGGCAUCCCCGUGGGAGGAUGUGGAACGAUUUGGCCAAUUUAUUUGACAUCUGUGAUAUCAUCUCUCGCCGACGGUAGUGAAGUAACACGGUAUGUGCGCCUUGUCAACAGGAGCAAAAUACUGGACGAAUUUCGAGUCACCAUUCGCAAAUGUGGUGCAGACCACCACGUCUUCCUACCGAAGGUGCCGGUCGCUUUUGUGGGAUUCUGUCUCGAUACCGGUGAACCCUCAAACCCCGGAGGAAAUGCCACUGGAAGAUGGGCCCAGUUAUCGCAAGAUCUCAAUUUUAACACCAGUGUACCGAAAAUAAACUUUAUUUGUGGUGUUCUGGAUGAAGAGCACAGUAAUGUCCCGUGCAGAACGUGUACCGGUGACGUUUAUUACUUAAACGACGGUUUCUACUACACCAUCAACUGGUACGUCAACGACCAUCUGUGCGUGUCCCUCGGUCCGUUCCAGAGGCCCUAUCUGAGAAAGUCAUACCUUACAGAAAGCAUAUUACGGGAACGUUGUCAUCAGACUGUGAUUGGGUUUAAGGUCCAGUGUUCUUAUGAGUGGUCUUUGACGAUGCUCGGACGUCGGUCGACGCCCGUUUCAAGCAACAGCAUUGAUACUGGUGUACCGGCACAAUUCAUUAUCGUACCGACAGAAGGAUCACAACAGGCGAUCAUACCCUCGACUCCGAUCGGUUGCAUCGAUGACAACACAUCGUCCGUUUCUUCGGUUGCAUGUGUAAUCGAGUUCCCACUCAAGCGUUCACACUCCGACACGUGUCCUCCAACGAUAAAUCCAAACGAACAUUAUCUUUGCGGAGCACGUAUUGUUGGUGUUACAAGUUAUGGGCUUGACCAGUAUGGGUCAUGGGAAUAUGUAUAUAGCCGUGCUCGUUAUGGUUCCCUGUAUGAUCAAUAUACAGGUACAAGCAUGGGUACACAUCACAAGAGGAUUGUUUCCAGGGAAAGUCAUCAUUUACAUGAUCGUUACACUGAGGAAUAUUGUCCUUCCUCCGCAGGACAGAGCACCCUUUGGGAGGCAUACACCCUGCCAACACAAAAGAUAAUUGUCAGCGAUACUAAUACGACCAACAGUACGUGUUCGAUUCGAUGGAGCAAACACGACAAACAACCCAUGUUGAUCAAAACUAAAGGAAAACAAUCGUGGAGCAUCCCGAUUGAUGUGACCGGCGAGUUUAUGCUAUUCAAAAGUUUGGCAUACCCUGUUGAGGUUCAAUUCAAGACGGAGAAAUGUGAGUCUUCUCUCACUGUCUGCGUCUGCGCUCUAACAUUUCGAGACGGCAACAAAAUCUACACCGUUGGGGUGUGUAACGGUAUAACGACCCAGGGAUUCGUGUGGGUAGCGCUCGACGAGGAGCAUUUUUUAAGAUACACCGAAACAGGAUCGAUUCGCGUGUGGAACGGCAUUGCCAUGUCAGUGACCAAAGAUUAUAAUCUGCAUUCCCUGACGGUGGAGAUAACAGACAAUGGAAGUAUGGAGGACUUUACCUUUCUUGACGGUCUUUGUGCUUUCGAAGACAACACGUUCAGGGCCAGUACUGGAGGCCUCAUGCUCAGCAGUGACGGAUUUCUGGAGAGCUGGAGCAUUGGGCGACAGACGAUAUCCAGUUUGUUAGCCCCUCAACUUAUUCAUACACGAUAUUCAUACCAAGACAACAUGUACAGCUGUAGCUGUCCACUAGAUUCAGAAGAUAUUUCCGGCUCUAAUAGUUCCUUCACAACGGCCUCAUCUAUGACGUACGCUAGCGUCUCCAGAUGUUCAAAAAAUGACGCUUACAACGUUACCCGCGACGGUGAGACCUGGGUUGGAACAGUGGUACCGGACUUUGCGAUCGAAAAUGUUACGCUUGCUUUCCACUUCGUGGAAACGCCCAAUGGCAUGAACGCAUACGAACGCAUAUCAGUUUGUCUGUUUGAUGGCUUCGACGGUUUCCUUUAUGAUAUAUAUUGGUAUGCCGAUACAACUUUGAUCCACAAGAAGGCCAAACAGUCACUGAGAACUGCAGAAUUCAAUCAAAUUUCAUUUGAUACCCUCAUGACAGCCUAUAAUUCUCGCAGUAAAGACGUGUGUGCAGUGAACAAAUUAUGGCGUUGUGCUGUGUCAGUUCUGAAUACAAACGGCGUAGAAGUAUUGGGAGCGUCCUACAGUGAACCGUUUGAGUUCAUUACUUUUCAAGACAAGUUCAUGUCCAUGGCAAGAGGCGGCGUAGUUGACUUCCAUUUUACCAUGAAUCUCCCAGUGGUCUGCCUUGAUGGAAAGCCGUGCAAUAUAGAGGUCAAGGUUAUUGACGAAAACGACGACUAUCAGUGCCAGGACUCCACACUUGCCGUAAUUAACGAGCGAACAUGCGGAGACUUUAUUAACGGCAUCGAGCUGUUCAGGAACAUUGACACGUUCCAAAAAGAAAGGAAUAUGACGCUGACAACGAAGAACAACAACAAAUAUUCGCUGAGAGAUGCAUUUGCCAUGACAGUGUUCAUCGGAUCUAAGGGUGUCGUGGAGCCGUUUUGGAACGACUGCUAUUUCACAGGAAAGAUAAAUGUGUUCGUUCGAGACAUCGAAACGUUCUGGAAGGGAGUCUUCUGCUACGCUACUAACGAUCCUCGUCUGAUGACAUUCGAUGGACAGUAUUAUAGCAUGCAGUUGUCCGGUGAAUUUACACUCUACAAGCAUCAGCGCUAUCCUAUUGAAGUUCAGAUCCAGACUGAACCCUGCUGGCCGGGUGGCUGGACAACGUGCACGUGCGGAGUUACCGUGCGGGCCGGACGUGACGUGUACACGGUGACCCAUUGCGAGGGCAUGCAUUUAAUAGAGUGGAUAGAUCUCGCUGACGACGUACUCGAAGUUUAUAUUGAACCUGGCUAUAUGCACAAGUUUUACCUUCCGCAAGGAACUAUAGUUGAGGCGCGUUAUUUCAACAGCCCCUGGUGGUCAACGAUGAACGUGUACGUGUACCCGUCACCCAAUGACAUGAACCGUGUUGGAGGAUUGUGCGGGACAUUCAACGGUAAUUGGCAGGAUGACUUUCUACACAGCGAUGGCUUUACUUCACCGAGUCCGGCCAUGGACUGGGGAUUCUGGGUCUGGUGGGUCUGGGGUGGCAAUCCAGAUAACUUCUCUCAGUCUUGGAGUGUAUCGCACGAACACUCCCUAAUGAAUCCAGAUUACGUUUCGACUCUGGAACCUUGGAAUACCAACGACAACCUCUGUGUCUGCCCACUAAUUGUCAACAAACGUGAGAACUGGUGCUCCAGAAACGAGGACAAAACUUGCGUCGACUUCAUAUAUAAGAAACGCGGAAAGAGGAUUCAAAAACUUCUGCGAGACGAGCGUUCCUUGGAUACUUUCAACUAUCGCGAAGAAAUGGACAUCAGAGACAGGCUACUGAAACUGCUGUCACUAAAAAAGGAGAGGAGUGCAUUCAGAGUGAAGCGUGAUGUUAAUGCACCGAAUCCCGAAGAAUUGGUCGCGGCAUAUAACGAGUCACAGGCGUCAUGCGCGGCAUAUCUGAAGGAAAUGUGUGGUAGUGACUUGUCGGAAGAAGUAUCGGCAAGAAAUAAGAAUCAGUCAAGCUCUUGUGCAGAAGAUAAAAUGUUCAAUUUGACUGCCACUGGUCCCGAAGAAAGCACAUGUCGUAACGUACAGUCAUCAACCAUUAUGAUCGUCGACAAGGACAUCGAAUUUCAGACCAAAAACCCUGAAAAAGCUCAACUUGUGAUUGCUUCAUGUCCUGACAACUGUAACAGCCACGGAAAUUGCUUCAACGGAACGUGUAUUUGUGACGAGCACUACGAUCCAGAGUCUAACUGCAAACUUGACCUUCGCGAUCCUCCUACAAUCAUAGAGGUCACUGGUGAUGGAAACUGUAACCCUAGACACAAGGCCUGUCACUUCAUUCGUUUUACAACGCAAAACGGAUGCAGUAAUACCACUGUCUGCUUAAUUACCUUCACACAGUACAAAGUAGAUGGAUCAUCGACUGAAUCCGUGAUUCAGACUGUGUCUGCCAACUGUCCUAACAAUUUUGACGCGUAUUGUCCAACCACAGUGCAGAGCAGGAAAAAGCGUCAAACCGUCAAUGAAAACCCGGUCAUUGCUGAAAGGUACAACGUGUCUCUAAGCAACGACAAUUCUUCGUUCAGUUCACCGAAAAUGGUCACAGUGUUAGAUACCACGUGCGUGACAAUUGAAAACGGAUCUGCAGUGAUUCUGGAUGAAUACUGUCUCAUCGACAACAUUUGCUAUGGAAACCACACAGAGCUAGACGAUUGUCAUUCAUGUAACCCAGCCGUCAAGCGAUUUUCUUGGAGUCUGAAGGACGAUUACUGCGACAUCGGAGGAGUUUGUUAUCCAUCAGGCAAUGUCUCCACCAUCAGUUGCAUAUCUGAAUGCAAUCCGACCGUGGAAAAAUACGCAUGGUCACUAAAAAACGACGUCUGCAGUAUUGAAGGCCAGUGCUUCAAUGCCGGCGACAGCAAUGCGUCCCCCAAGAACUGCCUUUACUGCGACCUUCUCAAGGACCAGUUCUCAUGGUCACAAAAGACUGGUUUCUGCUACAUAGCUGGUGUUUGCUAUGUAGACGCCGCGAUGAAUCCGACAGAUUCGUGUCGACAUUGUAACGUUUCCGUAGAUACGGGAACAUGGCAACUCAACAUGAACGACUCAGGGUGUGAAGUGGCAGAAGAGAAAAAGGAUGAUAACAUAAUGGUCAUCGCCAUCGGGGCGGCAUUAGGGACCGGGGCAGUUGUGGCGAUAGCUAUCGCGAUCGGGUUAUACAUCUACAAGGCCAUGCAAGCAUCCAAAUUAGUUGCCGCAAGGACUACGGGUACGUUGUUCGAAUCCGCGAAGAAUCAGCACUUCAAGUUCCGAGUGGAACCGAUGAGGAGAGACCCGGUUGAGCGCUUGACUACGUCGGACAACGACAUGCCGACUACCAGUGUGGACCCCAACAGGGCAAGUGUUCCGGAAAAGCUGUACAACUAAGAUCAGAAAAGAAAUGGUUGCUUCAAGGUUCAGGAAUCUAGCAACUGUUUUCAUAGUUGAUGUUUACCGGAUAUUUCUACUUUUUAGAUUCUGUAACCGAGUAUAUAUAUAUAUACAAAAACAAUGUACUUUAUGAGUAGUAAAGUAAUAUAAAAAGACACUUCAUGCAACAUAAGCGUGUGCUUUAUUAUCUUUAUUUAUCUAUGUUUUUUAAUAUUUAUUAUAACGUGUUCUUUUUUCUAUUUAUUAGAAUUUUAUUAACAUUCUAACUGUAUUUAAAUCUGACAUACAAAUCUUUAUCGUACCUUUACUUUAUAUUUAAUAAAUAUGUGAUUUUUCUAGCAGUGACAGGGUUACAAUGUUCUGUGUUUAAAAGAACAAACGAUACUUAUCUCUUUUUGUAAUAAAAUUAUUGCUGACAUGUUAAGAUGAAUACUGCGUAAAAGUAACACGAACUUGAGUCGAUAAUAAUGGAAAUUUUUCACAAAAUGAAAAAAAAAUAAGACAGUUGCACAAUAUGUUUAAAACAAUCAUUGGACAUAACCCUUACAAAUUCCAAAUGGACGUGAUUUACAAUCGUGUCGUGCUUCCAAUAAGAGACGAGCAAGAAGAUCAGUAUGCAAUCCACCUAAUUCUGAUUAACAUACUAUCCGACAUGACAUAACAUUAUAUAUUUCAUAUAUUUUUAUGAAAAUUCAUAUAACAUAUGAACACUAUUUUAAUUUAUUUUAAUUUAUGCUGUUCUUUCACAUCUUUUGGCAGUAAAAUUAUCCUUAGCAGCAGUACUUAAAUAUGGAAAUACCGUUCAGAGUAUCAACACAUAAGACAAGUAAUACUAAUAAAUCUUUAUUUUUUAAUAGUAUUAUACUGUAUAUUUGUAUUGAUAUAAAAGAUUUCUAACAAACAGGAAUGAUUUCACUCAAUAAACUUUAUCAACAAAUAACAUUUUACCCGCUAGUCUCUUAUAUAAAGCUAUGGACACAUGUCUAUAGUGUACACUAAAACAUAUUCAACAUUUAAUCUCUUUAUCAUAUGUUUAUCCCUUUUCACAGAUUUUGGUAUGUAAUGAAAUUUAUCAAUAAAUGCUUUACAUUGAUACAUGUAAACAUUUAAACUAAAUUGCUCCAUUAAAAUAGUACCAAAUUAAAGAAAAAAGAAAUCCUCAAAUGGACUCGAUCCACUGACACUUGGGGUAAAAGUCAAACACUUAUGCCCUUUGACCAUCCAUGCAUAUAGAGAGAUUGCUGUAUUUUAAACUGUAAAUAGGGAAAUCCUCUGAAUAUCACAAACUAAAUUGAUAACAACAGAACUCUCCAAAUUAUUCAACAGUUUCGUGUUUGUAACGCUUUAUAAUAUUGCGGUUUUUAAGUCUUCAGAAGAUGCAGAUAAUGAAUUUUUAGAACAAAUUAAAAGUUCAAUAUUUCUGUUACUUCGCAAAUAUCAUAAUAACAAGGAAAAUGUGUAAAUCUGAAACAUUUUUUUUUAUUUUGUCAAUUUACCAAAACAUGAAAAUGUCCCUUUAACAUGCUAAACAUUUUCUGUUGAAAUAAAAUGAAAAUGUU